UAAUGACAUAAAUAUAUAUAACACCAUUUGCUGAGUACAAUAAAGUUAUAUUAGAAAGUUGCAUAGUUGGGACGUUAGUUAAGAUGUCAAACAAGGCGAAUUCCUGACAAACUCAUCUUGCUGAAAAAUAUGUUGCUGAACGAUUUCGGUGAACCGGUUGCUCCCGAAGAAUUUGCAGAAAAACAAUUGGACCUUAGAGCUCCUUUACUACUAGCUAGUCCCAAUACGUCACUAAAAAAUGUACCAGAAGAUUGGUGUGGAAUUAUAUAUACCACACGGCGUGUUAUAAAGGAAUCUAAAGACCUCUCGUUAUUGAAGUCGGCAUCUCCAAAACGUAUAGGAGAAUUGGAAGAGAAUAAACCGACCGAAAUAAGAUUACCAAAUGGAUCCCGAAUUUCUAUCACUCCGUUUUCUUGGUCAAUAGGAAGGCAGGAAACUAAAUUAAUUUUUUUGCUUAAAGAUGAAUAUAUAACCAGAAUAUGCAUAGACGUGCUUGCAAAUACGCUCAAUAGCAUUAUAUCUAAUAAUGUUUUGAGAAAAGCAAUAAAGGAAGGCGUCGAUGUCGUACAUUUGAAUGACAGCUUCGCUAUUGGUGCUAAUCCUAGAGAUCCGAAAAUUCAUCAUACCUGGUUCAGGUUACAUUUAUUGAUUUACUUAAUACGACCAAAAAAAAUAUGUGGAUUACACGAAACAACGUUACCUAGAUAUAUUAUAGAAAGCUGUAACAAACCUGAUAUUAAUCGAUUUGCAUAUUGAUCAAUAGACGUAAUUUUCAAAUUAUGCA